AAGUUACCUAUGAAGAAACCCAAGUCAGAGACUAAGCCCACCAAAUCGAAGCCAUCAAAUGAAGAAGAAAAUUCAUGGCAGUUAGCAAAAAAUAGAUUUGUUAAACUAACCGAAUUCAAAGGAAAUUGGUAUCUUGACAUUCGUGAAUUCUAUAAUGCUGAUGGUGAUCUGAAGCCUGGGAGGAAAGGAAUCAUGUUAACCAUGGAGCAGUGGCAGAAAUUCAAAGGCUGCAUUGAAGAUAUUGAUGAAGCUAUCAAAAAAAAUGUAUAGUGUUAGGUUUAUUUGUGUUUUAUCAUUCUAAACAUUGUUCUUUAUUAUUCCCAGUGAAGUUGUUUGUCUGAAUAAAAUGAAUAUUCGAAA